GGACAACGUACUUCCCGAAUGACAACCAAGCAUCGUACCUCAAAUCUCUCCUGUCUAAACUUGACACCUACAAACAAGGGGGACUCAUCUUAGGUGGUGACUUUAAUUUCAUUCAAUCCCCGACCCUUGACACUACGGCCUCCCCGCGGGGAAAACACAAAACAGGGACCCAAGCCCUCUGCACACGCAUAACCAACACCUUGACCUUGUACAACCUAUACGAUAGUUGGAGAAUCUUACACCCUACUGACCGGGAUUAUUCCUUCCAUUCGAGAGUCCACAACACCUACACGCGUAUAGAUACAUUCUUCAUAGAUAACAAAACCCUACCACAACUGAGCGACUGCAGAUUAGGAGAGAUAACAUGGUCGGACCAUAGCCCAGUAUACCUUGACUUGGAUGACAAAUACCAAACCCAUGGUAGGGGCACUUGGAGACUGAACGAGUCUCUCCUCCUUGAUAAACCGUUCGUUGAGCGAAUGACAACAGAACUCAGAGAGUACUUCCUCACCAACACAACAGGCGAAGUCUCGGACUACACGGUGUGGUCCGCACAUAAAGCAGUAAUGAGGGGACAGUUCAUCAAACAAUCCGCGUACAUAAAAAGACGCCACCAAACCACCCUCCUAGACUGCCACAAACAAAUAGCGAUAGCCACGGCCCAAAACAAAAAGACACCCACGCCAGCCCUAGCAGACAAAUUACGUGACCUGUACCAAGACCUUAACAACCUUAAUGCCCAAAAAACAAGUACUUUUUGCACAGACUAA